AUGCUUGGUUUGCACUGUCGCACAAGGGCCUUCACGGCCCGUCCGUCCAUGUUCACGAGGCCCCUCUCCUUGAAGCCAAAUUUCGCCAAGUACAAGCUCAUCCCCCAGCCCGCCGGCAAUAUUGUGGGCACUGUCAACGAUGCCUACCAACCACCCAUGGCUGACCACUACGAAGGAGGCUACCACUGGUCGUACGAAAGGGCGAUUUCGGUGGCGUUGGUGCCGUUAGUGAUGACUCCCUUCGUUGCUGGUGUGGACUAUCCCCUCAUAGAUGCCGUGUGCUCCGUGGCGCUCUUGUUCCACUGUCACGUUGGUCUCAAGGCGUGUAUCAUCGAUUAUAUUCCCCAGAGAGUAUAUGGGGUGUGGCACAAGAUUGCCUCGAGGUUGUUGACGUUCGGAACGUUUGUGGGGAUGUAUGGAGCGUAUGUUCUUGAGACUGACAAUAACGGACUCUUUGAUUUGCUCCAGCAUAUGUGGGGCGCCUAG